UGCGUAAAAUUACGUUGUCCAAUGUUAGCAAACGUCAAUUUUGCCGCUAAAGUCCGAAGGCACUGGCAAGGGAUUGUUACCACAACACUGGAUGAAUUAGUAGAACUACCGAAACAUGGGAAUUCAGGGGCUUUUGCAGUUCAUCAAGGAUGCUUCAGAGCCUAUACAUGUUAAAAAGUACAAAGGGCAGACGGUGGCUGUGGACACCUACUGCUGGCUUCACAAAGGAGCAUUCGCCUGUGCUGAGAAACUGGCCAAAGGAGAGCCCACUGACCAAUAUGUCACCUACUGUAUGAAAUUUGUGGACAUGCUGCUGUCCUUUGGCGUCAAGCCUAUCCUUGUGUUUGAUGGCUGCAACCUACCGUCCAAGCAGGAGGUCGAGAAGGCACGUCGCGAACGCCGACAGGCCAACUUGCUGCGAGGCAAGCAGCUCCUGCGAGAGGGAAAGCUGUCCGAAGCCCGAGAGUGCUUCACUCGAUGUGUUAAUGUUACUCACUCCAUGGCACAUGAGGUCAUCAAGGCUGCCAGGACCAGAGGGGUGGACUGUGUGGUGGCCCCAUAUGAGGCCGAUGCCCAGCUGGCCUUCCUCAACAAAGCGGGCGUCGCCCAGGCCAUCAUCACAGAGGACUCGGAUCUGUUGGCAUUCGGCUGUAAGAAGGUGAUUCUAAAGAUGGACAAGCAGGGCCACGGCUUGGAGAUCGACCAGAACCACCUGGGCCGCUGUCGUCUCCUUGGCAACAUCUUCACGGAGGAGAAGUUCCGCCACAUGUGCAUCCUCUCGGGCUGCGACUACCUGGCCUCCCUCUACGGCAUCGGGCUGGGCAAGGCCUGCAAGCUCCUCAGGACAGCCAGCAACCCAGACAUCCUCAAGGUCAUUAAGAAAAUGGGCCAGUAUCUGAAGAUGAAUUUAACGGUUCCAGAAGAGUACCUGGAGGGGUUCACCAAGGCUGAGAACACCUUCCUCUACCAGCUGGUCUUCGACCCCAUGAGCAGGAAGGUGGUGCCACUCAACCCUUAUCCCGCAGACAUCGACCCAGCAACGCUCACCUACGCAGGAGUAAAUGUGGGCGAUAAGAAAGGUUUACAGAUGGCCCUGGGUAACGUGGACAUCCACACAAUGGAAAAGAUUGAUGACUUCAAUCCCGACCAUGCACAUUUACAGACCGCCAAACCUCGCAGUCGAAGUUGGAACGAUGGGCAAGAGAGCAAGUCGCUCCCGCAGGGCAGCAUUUGGGCAAGGAGCUACGUCCCGGGCAUUACCAAUGCCCCCAAUGUCACCCCAGCCGCCAGAGAGAAGCUCUCUCCCACCAAGGGGAAGGAGAGGGUAGUCAGCGUGAAGGGCCUGAAGCUUUCUCACAAAGAACCACAGGUCAAGAGACCCAGACAAGAGUCCAGUAUUUCAGAGGAUGAUUUGAUGCAUCAGUACGGUACGUCAGACCAGAAGAGGCCACGCGUACAGAGCUCGCCCGUCACGACAGCUACCUCACCUGAGAGCCGGGUCAGCAAAGAGAACCAGGCGUCCCCUUCUGCCGCCAGACCACGGAACCGCUUUGCCACGCUACUCCAGAAGAGGAACCAAGGUGCUGGAGCCGAGGAACGUGAAGGAACACUUAGCAGAUUCUUUCACAGCAAUAGUAGCAGCAGCACGGCGCUGGAGCGACUAAGCUCCCCUUCUUCUCCGUCUUCACCCUCGGAAAACACUACAACUAGCCGCCCGGCAGCAUCCCAUAAUGAUAAUCCCUCCGCAGUAAAGACAGAAGUGGGAGAGGAGCCUCUGGUGUGCGAGGAGUCGUGCAGCCCUCCCUCGUCUCCUCCCCCUCUGCCUUCCCGGCCGGCAAGCCAGGGACUAGGAGUCUUCAGCUGGUCAGGCAGCUCCUCAUCUACCUCCUCCUCCUCCUCUUUCUCCUCCUCCUCUUCGUCAAUUAGGCGGCCCAGCACCCCGGCCACAUCAGGUCUGGCCGCACUGCAGCAGUUCCAGAGGAAGAAGGAGGGCUUGUCCUGGGGCGGCUCUACUGCACAGAGCUCCAGAGCACAGCAGCGCCGCCGGUCAGCCUGUGUUUCGGACGAUGAGGAGGAAGAAGAGCAGAAGGAGAAGAAAGAAGAGGUCAAGGAAGAGGAAAAGGAGGAGGUGGCAGACUGGUGUGUGAGGGAGAGGUCCUCCCCAGACUCGCCCCCCUCCCAGGACAGUGCCUACUUCUCCCAGCCCAACAGCACCUUUGGCAGCCUGGAGGAGACCCCCACCUCCACAUACACCAGUCUGCUGGACGUCGCCACUCCUGAGAAAACAGACUCGCCGCUAAGCCAGGAGGAGAGCCCCACUGAUGCCUGUAGUCCAGAGGAAGGGAGGUCCACCCCCGUGAGACCAAAGCAGGUGGCAGGCCUUCCCCGCGUGCGGCCGUCGGAAGUGGCCAAGGGAGGGAAGAUCCGCACCUCGGCCCCGGCGCGCGCCAGCGGCCUACGCAAGAAGCCUGCUGCAGGGCCUGGAGGGCGGAGACCUGCCAACGACGAGAACCAGCCAGGUGUGCAGGCAACCAUCAGCGGCCUGUGGAAGAGCUUCGGCUUCAAGAGAGAGGCCACCAAGAUUGCGCCGUGCAAGAAAGGGGAGCCCAUGUCGCCAGUGGAGGACAACGUGGUGACGUCAUGCUAACACCUCCAGCGGACUUCCUGCUAACACCUCUGGCUAGCGGACUUCCUCCAGACAGGUGUCUGAAAUGGUGUUCUUUUCCAGUAUGCGGACUCCCGUCCUCAGCCUGCACUUGUGGCCUCACGUUUUGCUGACGCCCUGUCUCCGUUGAGAAAACAACAAAGUUUCCCUGCUGUGUUAGCCUACCCACCACAACUCUUGGGGGGCUAUUCUUCUCUCACCAUCCCGAUUGCAAAUGAGAAAAUGACAUUAGAAUUGCGCUUUUUGCGAGAUGGUGAAAUCUGUCUUCAAUUUCAAUAGACAGUAGUCAAUUUCUGUCUUCAGUGACGUCCUCACGAGGCCACAAGCAGGCAAGCAGGCAAGAGAGGACGGGAGUCCGCAUAUUAGAAAGAGGACUCUGGUGGCUGACCACAACAUACUGUGUAUGUUAAAGCUGGACACAUCAAAUGUUUUUUUUGUUUCUGUAUGUCUUGACAUGCUGCUUUUUUAAAUCUACUAAUAAAAUGUAUAAUUUUUUUGUCUU